UCGAGCGCGGCUGCAGAACUGAGCGCACCGUGCUGUGAAGCAGCCCCCCCCCCCUCCCAUCAGAGGCAGAGAGGCGCGAGGCACACGAGCGAGUCCCAGUCUUCAUUCCGCUCGCGCUCAGCACCGCGAACACCAGGAACUGCUCCAUCUCCACCGAAAGCGAUGGUCCUCGGACUGAAGCCAGCGCGUCCUGUGAUCCGCGGUCCCGGUUCGUCGCUGCGCGCCAGGAGUUCGAGCGAGCGUCCGGACUGCAGCUGCCCGCCGCCGCGCUUAAACAACGCCAACAAAGGGCUUUGAGGAACACAGAAGAAGAACAACAACAGAAAAACAACAACAACAACACAUGGAGAAGAAGCAUGAUUUGUGACCGGAGGAGGACCACCCAGCAGCCACGUUAACUUUACCGGGGAGCGGGCUCGCGGAGCACAAGCGCUCGUGGACCCGAACAAAGUGAAGAUUUUCUAACCAUGCCGGUGCGAAGGGGUCAUGUGGCUCCGCAGAACACCUUUCUGGGGAUAAUAAUCCGGAAAUUCGAGGGACAGAAUAAGAAAUUCAUCAUAGCCAAUGCGCGCGUGCAGAACUGCGCCAUUAUCUACUGUAACGACGGCUUCUGUGAGAUGACGGGCUUCUCCCGGCCGGACAUCAUGCAGAGACCCUGCACGUGUGACUUCCUGCACGGGGAGCAGACCACGCGGCACGCCAUCGCCCAGGUGGCCCAGGCCCUGCUGGGCUCGGAGGAGCGCAAAGUGGAGAUCACCUACCACCGCAAAGACGGAUCAGAGUUCCUCUGCAAUACGCACAUCAUCCCGGUGAAGAACGAGGAGGGCGUGGUGAUGAUGUUUAUUCUGAACUUUGACUACGUGCUGGAGGAGGGGAGCAGUGACUCAAUGGAGGGACUCAACCUGACUCCUCCUGCCAAAUCAGAGAUUAGAAAAGGGAGAUUCUUCAGGUUCCGCCUGCCGUCGCUGAACUUGCUGGGCUCCAACAAGCAGACCUUGCCCCAGGAGGACCCAGACACGGUGAUGGUGGACUCCCCGAGAGCCAGUGACGAUUCGGUGGCCUUGAGGGACUUCCAGUCGCCCACCAAGGAGAGCUGCAGCCCCGCCGAUGCCAACGACACCCGAGCCCUCAUCAGCUCCAGCCCCCACUCGUCCCCUGUGAGCGUGUCCGGACCCCUCGACCACUCCUCCCCCAAGCAGGUGUGGGACCGCCCAAGCCCUUCCCUCGCCCAGUCCACUACCUGCCUGGCCCAGUCCGUCUCCAGAGACAGUGUAUAUAGCAGGAGAAGAGCCUCGUCUGUGCAUGACAUCGAAGGCCUCAGCAACACCAAACGACUGUUAAGAGAUAGACACGCCAGCGAAGGUCCUUUCAACCAUCUCAAAUCCAGUCUGCUGGGCUCCACCUCAGACUCCAAUCUCAACAAAUACAGCACCAUUAACAAGAUCCCCCUCAUCGCGCUCAACUUCUCCGAGACCAACGACAAAAAAGUCCCCUCCCCUCCCGGCUCUGAGAAGACCAUUAUCGCUCCCAAGGUCAAAGACCGCACCCACAAUGUCACGGAGAAAGUCACACAGGUAUUGUCACUGGGUGCAGACGUAUUACCAGAGUAUAAGCUCCAGGCUCCACGCAUGGAUAAAUUCACCAUCCUCCAUUACAGCCCAUUUAAAGCCAUGUGGGACUGGCUCAUACUGCUGCUGGUCAUCUACACAGCCAUCCUCACACCAUACUCCGCUGCCUUCCUGCUCAACGACCCUGAGGAGGAGAAGAGGAGAAAGUGCGGCUACUCCUGCAGCCCUCUGAACGUGGUGGAUUUAAUGGUGGACAUCAUGUUCAUUAUUGACAUCCUCAUAAACUUCCGGACCACGUAUGUGAAUGCCAACGAGGAGGUGGUCAGCCACCCGGGGAAGAUUGCUGUUCACUAUUUUAAGGGGUGGUUCCUCAUAGACAUGGUGGCAGCUAUUCCCUUCGACCUGCUCAUCUUUGGCUCAGGCACGGAUGAAACAACGACUCUGAUUGGCCUGUUGAAGACAGCCCGGUUGCUGCGAUUGGUCCGUGUGGCCAGGAAGCUGGACCGGUACUCGGAGUAUGGAGCAGCAGUGUUGAUGCUCCUCAUGUGCAUCUUCGCACUCAUCGCUCAUUGGUUGGCCUGCAUCUGGUAUGCCAUUGGCAAUAUGGAGAAACCAGACGACAAGAUUGGCUGGCUGCAUAACCUCGGGGUGUCUAUUGGAAAGCGGGUCAACCACAGUGACCGUAGCUCUGGACCCUCCAUAAAAGACAAAUAUGUCACAGCCCUGUAUUUCACAUUUAGCAGCCUGACCAGCGUGGGCUUUGGCAACGUCUCACCAAAUACCAACCCUGAGAAGGUCUUCUCUAUCUGUGUGAUGCUCAUUGGAUCCCUAAUGUACGCCAGCAUUUUUGGGAAUGUGUCGGCCAUCAUUCAGCGUCUGUACUCAGGAACAGCACGCUAUCAUAUGCAGAUGCUGCGGGUGAAAGAGUUUAUCCGCUUCCACCAAAUACCAAACCCGCUCAGGCAGAGGCUGGAGGAGUACUUCCAGCACUCCUGGACCUACACUAAUGGCAUCGACUUAAACACGGUUUUAAAGGGCUUUCCUGAAUGCUUGCAGGCAGAUAUAUGUCUUCAUCUAAAUCAGAGCCUCCUGCAGGGCUGUAAGGCAUUCCGGGGGGCCACUAAAGGCUGCCUGCGGGCCCUGGCCAUGCGCUUCAACACCACCCAUGCUCCCCCAGGAGACACACUCGUCCACAGUGGAGAUGUCCUGACAGCGCUCUACUUCUUGUCCCGAGGCUCUAUCGAGAUCCUGAAGGAUGAUGUUGUGGUGGCAAUUCUGGGAAAGAAUGACAUCUUUGGGGAGAUGAUCCACCUGUACGCUAAGCCGGGGAAAUCAAAUGCAGAUGUGCGAGCUCUGUGCUACUGUGAUCUGCACACUAUCAACCGAGAGGACCUGCUGGAGGUGCUGGACAUGUACCCAGAGUUCUCUGACCACUUCCUCACCAACCUGGAGCUCACCUUUAACCUGAGAGAUGAGAACUCUAAGGCAACUUAUUCACAAGACAGCGACUCAGAUGAAGAAGAGAAUAAGGGCAAGAGGAAGAUUUCCUUUAAGCGGAAACCAUCUAAAGGGGGAAGCAUCAAGGACAGUAAAGGUGAGAGUAGGAAGGAGCGGCGGGAGUCCCGGCUCAGCUCAAAGAGAGGCUCAGACGACCGCAGGGCUUCCAGGGAGGAGCAGCAAAGGAGUCUGGCAUACCCUUGCAUAGAGGGUUAUACCCCAACCCCCGACUGCAGCCCAUCCGUGGGCGAGCUGGAGAGUGAGCCAUGUUACGAUGACGUGCAGACUGCUGACUGGGAGAGUGUAAAGCCGAAGGAGGCCGUGGAAGAGGCAGCUCAGACACACAAGCUCAGAGGGGAGGAAGAAGAUGAGAUGGAAAGUGAGCUCACAUAUGGAGAGAUGGAGCAGAGACUGGACAACCUGCAGGAACACCUGAACAGGCUGGAGUCUCAGAUGACAUCAGACAUUCAGGCAAUCCUGCAGUUACUACAGAAACAGUCCUCCAUAGGCCCUCCGGCAUACAGCGCAGUCACAGCCAGCCUGGAGUACAGAAGACCUGCCAUCCGAGUACAGCCUGUAGCUGCAAUUAGCACCAGCCAAACCCUCAACCCGGCCCCACAGAAUGUGGAGUUGUUUAGCUUGGCGAAGGCUUACCCCAAAUCCAAAGAUUCACUAUCAGCCCUUGCUCAUCCUGUGUCCAAAGAUUCAGUGUUGGACCCAACUCAUAUAGACUCUCUCCUCGAGCAAAACCAAGAGACGCACAGUCUCCACGGACCUACAUCACUCCAGACUGUUCUUUACAGACACCAAUACUCUAAAUCGCUUCUUCCAAUUCACUUCUCCUCCCCUCCCGAGACGCCGGUCGGCAGUAAUGCGGCUGUGGGCCUCCACAGGCCUCAGUCUGAUCCUGGACUGCCAAGAUGUAGCACUGAGACUCAUCCAUGACUGAGAUUUCACACAUUUCUAUGUUCUGUGGCGGGAUGGACUGCCACUUUCAGGCCCAUGAGCUUCAGAGCAUCAGGAGGUGGAUCAUAUUUCAAAUCACAUGGAGAACAAUGCUUAAAAUUGAGGACAGGAUGACAGUCUUGAAGUCUGUAAGCAUGAAGCUGAAACUUUAAAAAAAGGUUGUUUGGUGCAGCUGAACACUCUAUUAGGUUUAUCUGAGGGUUUUAUAACUUCCUCUGUGUUAUCACUGACCUCUUCUCUAGCUUCUGAUCCUUGCUGGCCUGCUGGCAGUGGAUGAAUCAAUCCUCUCAAGGACUCAGGGUCUGCAUUGUGACUGCAUUAUAUAAUGCGUGGUGUUUGGUGGGUUCACCUCUCCUCUUAUACCAUGCUUCAUUUCCCCAAUCAAAAUUGUACUGCUGCGUUCUUCCAGGCUUGUAGAACCUGUUUAAUGGAAUUCUGUAGCAUCAGGAUACUUUUUCUUAGAUUCCUCAGAUUCUUAAAUAGCUGUAUCAGGUGGGCUAUGGUUUUGCAUGGGUUGCAAUACGAGUCAAGGGUUGUGGGAAUGGCAUACGCCCUUUUCUAAUUCUAAUUUUUCUCCAUUGUAGAUAGACAGAUUUCUUCUCUCUUGAGCCCCAAACACACUCUACAAAUCUUCAAAUAAAGGUGUAACAAAGGGUUCUUUGAGCGAUCCCAUAAAAGAAUCACUUAUGGUUCACAGUUAACUGUUUCUGAGUUCUCCUCCAUGUUGUUUUUAAUGGGUGUAAUCACUGCAGUUUUUUGAUUAUUCAGGUAGUCAGCAUACUCCUAUUCUUAGAUGAGAGUUAUCUGAGUGGUCCAGUGGUCUAAAGCGCUGCCACUAUGAUCAGGAAUCGUUGGUUUGAAUCCCGGUCAUGAGGCUUGCCAUCGGCUACUGGAGACCUGAAGAAGCACAAUUGGCCUUGCUCUCUUUGGGUUUUUAGUAUGCGCAUGCCUGAAAACAGACUGUUUUACCAGAAAUAAGCGAGCAGCACCCGUAAAAUGGUGUAAAACACUUUCAGGCCAAUGCUAAAACUGGAUUUAAUUGAUCUUCUAGCUGAUUUAUGUUCAUAUUGCAAUUUGAAUUUUUUCGGCUUAUUCUGAGUUUAUUGGCUGGUUGCAAAGCAAAAAAAGGGCUUUUUUUGCGUGACUAAUGUAGUGUUGCUUGACUAAUGUAGUGUUUCCUGUUAUCUGAUUACCCGAUUUCGUGUAUACAUUACUGACAAAUGCCAAUGUCCCCUAGUAAUCAUCACAUCAAUUUAAGGUGUGAGUUUCCAUUUAUUUAUGAUAAUUGCCCUAUGUGUGUGUGAAUAGGUCCUUUAAAAUAAUAAAAGAAUAGAUCAUAUUUAUGCAUGUUAGACUAAAAGGGUUAGGCUUCAGGUAUAUUCCUCCUCCCAAAAUGUUACUAUUAUUUAAUAACACCACUCAGCACUCGUCCACAAAAAAAAAAAACUUCUGGAACCUGAAAAGUUUGGUUCCCAGCUGGAACCUAAAAGUAGUUUUUCAUCGCAAAGCAAGAGCUGUUGUUCCCUUUGUUGAUGGCAUAUUCUGUGACAUAUCCUCGGUUCUUAAAUCCUGAAAAGAACCAGUUCAGGCUGUUUUUUUUUGGUCGAAAAGCGUUUUUUUAGGGAACCAAGAGUGGUUCUUCUAUGGCAUCGCUCAAAGAACUGUUUAUAUAACCUUUGUUUUUAAGCAUAGCAGGGUAACCAGCAAUUAGUAUAAACUUAUAAACUUAACAAAAUCAACUUUGCGGCAUCUUUUCUGUCUCAGCAUCUUCUGAAUUCAUCUUCCAACAUUUGUAUCCCUGCAGAGUAGAAUAAAAAAAAGAAACAAAUAUGAACUAUGGCUGCAUCCAAAACUGCAUACUACUAUACAACACAUAAUAUCACAUAUUGAUGACACCACUUCUACAUAUGAUGUGCUUUUGUUAACAUACUAUUCAGUAUGGUAACUUUUAGUAUUAAUUAUGGUCCUCUCUAUAAUCUCUCCAUCCUGUUGCAGCCUAAGCUAAACCACGCCCCUGACUGCCACUGUAGCAUUACACGAUUCUGUAGAGUGCUGUAGAAAUAUUAUCAGAUAA